AAUAAGGAUCGAAUUUUAGAAAUGAAUAUUUUUUGUGAGAGCGAAAAAUUUGCGCGGGUGUUGAUGAGAGAGAAACCGAGAAAAACAGAGAAAAAAACCAAUCCAACAUUGUAAGAGAGAGAGAGGGGGGAAAGAGAAAAAGAAAAACAAAAAAAACAGAGAGAGACCUGAUGACGAUGAUCGAAGAGAGAUUCCUCUGAGAUCAUCGUGAAAAAGGCAGCAUUUCAAUUUUAAUAAUUACGCGCUCAAAUUCUUCAUUAUUCAUAUAAUUUAUUGAUAUUAAUUAAUAACAUAAUCUAUUCCUUGUAAUUUUUGCUGCCUUUUUUUCUGAUUCAUUUUGGGUCUCAAUCCCCCCUCUCCACCAAUUACUUGCAUUGCACCAUCAUUCAACAUUGUUGAUUUCUUCAAUUUCAGCACAACAAAGGGACGACUUUUCCUUCACCCUUUUCUCAUCUUUGCAUGCUCAACCACAUUGUUGGGAAUUAUCUAGAGGAAGAUACUGAGCUUGGUUUUAUUAUGUCUUUGUUGAGAAAAAGGUUGUAAGGAAAAGAUUAAUAGAAAAAUGAGAGACCCUGAUGUUAUCUUUGGACCCAACAUCUGCAAUUGUUUUUGCUUUCCAUUGUAACAUACAAGUUUUGCCUUUGUCUAGUUAGUUACCUUCAUCUCAAAAAAGGCUCAAGGGUUUCUCUGUACAGAUAAACCUGCCAAUUUUGUACAUAUGAUUUCACAUAUCAUAUAGCUCUCUGCUUACAAAAGAGAUUCAAAUUUGCGUCUUCUGCAAUGGAAUGUAUAUGGGAUCGAUUUGGAUUAUGGCUCAGAGUUUAUGUUGGAUUGAUUUCUCUCUGGGGAAUUCAACAGUGCUGGUCUCUGAAUGAUGAAGGAUUUGCUUUGUUGGAAUUUCGGAUUAGAAUAACUUCUGAUCCUCAUGGUGCUCUGCUGAAUUGGAAUCCAAAUGAUUCCAAUCCUUGCAAGUGGUUGGGUGUUCAUUGUGUUGAUGGUAAAGUGCAAAUGCUGGACCUAAAUGGGCUAUCAUUAGAAGGGACAUUGACUCCUCAUCUUGGGAAACUUGAUCACUUAAAAUCUCUUGUGUUAUGCAAGAACAAUUUUUCUGGCACCAUUCCUAAAGAACUUGGAGAUCUAGAAAAGCUGGAGUUGUUGGAUUUAAGGGAGAAUAAUUUGACUGGAAAUAUCCCUGCAGAAAUCAGCAGGAUGUUGUUGUUAAAACAAUUGUUGGUUCAUGAAAAUAAAAUUGAAGUCAACGAUUCUCAAGAGCUCAGGAGCAUAGGGCUGCCUACCAAAUCACUAUUUAUUGACAACUAUUCAUCACCUCUGACAAGUUUCUUUCAGUGCAAGAAUAGAAAGUUUGCACAUUGUGUUUGGUAUAGAGAUCUCAAGCAAUGGAACAAAGCAGAUUCUUUAGCUGUUCCAAUUAAAGGAGCACUUAAAAGAUGCUUUGAUGUCAUGUCGCUGCCAUUGCCACUGUUCAAGCUAGGAAAGGCUACCUCUCAUGACUCUGAAGAGAAUUACUGUGGCAAUCUGCGUAGUUCUGAUGAGUCGGAGAUUGACCCAAAUUUAUCGAAUCUAAUCAGUUCUGCACGUCGUAAGUUGCUUGAUCAGUCCAGUAACCUUGCAGCUGCACCUUUUAGUGGCGAACCUGCUAUACAGAUCAGUCUUAUUCCGAUUUCCAUAAGUAGUGGAUCUUUCCCAGCUGUGCCAGAUGCCAAUAAGAAGCAAAAUCAGUUAGCUGCACCACUACAUUCACCUACUGAUUUUCCACAUGAUAAUCAAACAAGUCAACCAAAUUCAGCUAAUGGUGCUCCAGGAAAACUCUGGAAAUAUAUUAUUGUUAUCUCUGGCGUGGCUGCUUUGGUCAUUUUAAUUGUGAUCAUGCUUUGCAUCUUGCGAAAACGAGCUGCAAGAGUAAUCAAGCCCUGGAAGACAGGAAUAAGUGGGCAGUUGCAGAAGGCAUUUGUAACAGGGGUCCCGAAGUUGAAUCGAGCAGAGUUGGAGACAGCAUGUGAAGAUUUCAGCAAUAUCAUUAACAGUUUUGAGAAGUGCACAGUAUAUAAAGGAACACUGUCCAGUGGAGUCGAGAUUGCUGUUGAUACUACUAUUGUUACUUCUUCUCAGGAUUGGUCAAAGAACAUGGAGAUGGCCUAUAGGAGAAAGAUUGAUGCUCUAUCCCGCGUUAACCAUAAGAACUUCACCAAUCUUAUUGGUUACUGUGACGAAGAAGAACCAUUCGCAAGGAUGAUGGUGUUUGAGUAUGCUCCAAAUGGAAGCGUAUUCGAGCAUCUGCAUGUUAAGGAAGUUGAACAUCUUGAUUGGAGUGCAAGGAUGAGGGUUAUCAUGGGAACAGCUUAUUGUCUUCAGUACAUGCACCAUGAUCUGAAUCCACCAAUAGCUCAUUCCAACCUCAAUUCAGUUUCUAUAUUAUUAACUGAUGACUUUGCUGCUAAGAUUUCAGAGAUCAGUUUUGGCAAUAAUGGAUUAUCACCAGCCAGCACACCUGGAGAUGAAUCAAAGAAAUCUGAUUUGCCACCCCAACAAGGUCCCGAAAUCGAUGUCUAUAACUUUGGAAUGUUGUUACUUGAAAUCAUUUCAGGGAAACUACCUUACUCUGAAGAACAAGGCCAUCUUGCGAAUUGGGCUGCUGACCACUUGAAUGAUAAGCGAAGCUUCGGCUGUUUGAUUGAUCCCACGCUCGAGUCCUUCAAAGACAUUGAACUUGAUGUCAUAUGUGAGGUGAUCAAAGAUUGUCUUCAACCUGAUCAAAGGUUAAGGCCAACAAUGAAGGAAGUAGCUUCGAAAUUGAGGGAUGUGCUUUCUAUAUCACCUGAGCAAGCAGUCCCUAGACUUUCUCCACUCUGGUGGGCUGAACUAGAGAUCUUGUCGGUGGAGGCCACUUAAAAGCAUUUAUGAAUUGACAGCAAUUUCACACAAUCACAGUGUGCCACUGUAAUUUUGUCAAAAACUAUAUUUUGAAGUUUCAACAAAUUCACUGUACCCUCGUGAUUCCAAACAUGCACUGAGUUACUGAAUUGCUUGUUUGUGUUUAUAAGCCAAGCCUCUCUCCCUAACCUGUACCAAGCUGACAGAGUGUAGCUUUGUGAUAAUGCUAUAUGAUAUUUGCAACUCAAAUUCUUUUUUUCUUUUGAUUCCAUUUGUUCUUUUGUAAGUCCAUGUGAUUAAUAACAUAGCUAUUCUUGUGUCCCAAUGGAAGUGUGUUAAGUUAUUUUGCAAGUGGGGUGUUGUAAAUUGUAUUUGUUGAUGAAGCUUGGAAUGUAAAAAAUCUUGACAUAAUAUAUAUUGUAUUGCUGUCUCUGGCUCAGUAAAGCAUGCAACUUCUUCUA